CAUUUCAUAACCAAAAUCCACUCUAGAAUAAAAGAACUCAAAAAACUUCUAAAAAAAACCAAUGGCUUUUUCAUCAUCAAUUUCAUCUUCUUCAUUAUUUACAACUUGUCCUCAAAAUUUCCUCUCCAAUUCAAACAAUUCACCACAAUCCCCCAAUUCUAUCAGAUACAAAAAAAGAACAACUCCAAUUUCGGCUGCUUACGCCACCACAGAAAAUCGUACGUCAUCAUCAAAAACAGAACAACAUGGCACAAACAGAUCAUUUCAAAAAACGUGUUCUUCGUCGUUGUACGAGGUACUGGGUGUUAGAAUAGGGGCUGAUACAAGAGAAGUAAAAGCAGCCUAUAGGAGAUUAGCAAGAGUCUUGCAUCCUGACGUCACUGCAAGUAGUGACUCGUCAGCAGACGAGUUUAUGAAAAUACAUUCGGCUUAUACUACGUUAUCUGAUCCAGCAAAACGAGCGGAUUAUGAUCGAACGCUUUUUCAAAGACCAUCUAGAGGAGUUGUUGCGUCUCCUGGUAUGACGUAUGCUAAUGCUGGCGCAUAUAGAAGCCGGAGAUGGGAGACUGAUCAAUGUUGGUAGAUAGAUUUAUGAUUAGAAAUAUAUAUAUAUUAAAAAUGUUUGUAAAUAUUGCAUAUUAUAGUUGUAGGUUCAAAUUGAAAAACCAAUCUGAAAAGAAUACUUGGGCUAUGUUUUUUGAAGCUACAGUAUUGAAUUAAUGAAAGAAGUUUACUCCUA